GCAUGUGACAAAUGAAAUUGUAUUUUAUUUGGUCAGUACCUAGUGAACUUAAUAUUCUGUAUUUUGUCAUAUGGUUCCCUGACAGGUUCAAUAAGAACGGCAUCGAUCUGAACAGGAACUUCCCAGAUGCCUUCUCUAAGAAGGAGAGUGGAAUGAGAGAGAUGGAGGUGAGAGCCAUUAUGGACUGGCUGAAGACUGAGAGCUUCGUCCUGUCAGCCAACCUGCACGGUGGGGCUGUGGUGGCCAGCUACCCCUACGACAACAGCAAUGGAGGUAGUGAGCUGCAGAGUGGAUCCAGUGUUGCCCCUGACAACGACGUGUUGAUCCAGCUGGCUAAGACCUACUCCUACACCCACAGCAAGAUGCACAAGGGAGACCACUGUUACGACUCCAAGGACUUUAAGGAGGGCAUCACCAACGGUUACUACUGGUACCCUCUACCAGGAGGGAUGCAGGACUAUAACUACGUGUGGGGCCAGUGUCUAGAGAUCACCUUGGAGCUAUCCUGUUGUAAAUUCCCUCCAGAGAGUGAUCUGCCUGGGCUCUGGGAUGCCAACCGGGCCGCGCUGCUGGCAUACAUGCAACAGGUCCAUCUGGGUGUGAAAGGGCAGGUGUUGGACGCGGAGGGAAACCCAUUACAGAAUGCUUUGGUGGAGGUGGAGGGGAGACGGAACCUCUGUCCCUUCAGAACGGACCUCCAUGGAGAGUACUACAGACUGCUGUUGCCAGGCAACUACACCUUUAUGGUGAGACAGCACCCUCUGGUGGUAGUAUUGAUACUUUAGGAUUGUUUAUUCAAAUGGCACCCUAUUCCCAAUGUAGUGCACUACUUUUGACCAGAGCCCUAUUCCACUAUAUAGG